AUUAUCGAUAUAUACAUGGACUUUAAUAUGAUCUCUUGUAGAUACAUAUUGUCAUUGGCAAAUUAUUUUUUAAUCAGUGAUAUCAGUUUCAUUAAGUGACAAUAAUAACCUGUAAUAUUGAAAUAAAAUUUAACGGAAAAGUACUUUAGAUUUUGGGAUAUUCAAAUAAUUUCUACAGUCAACGUGGAUUACCAGCUGAUGUAAAUUAAUAGCAAUAUCUAUUUUUAUUUAGACUAUUUGUCAAUCGUGUGUAUGAAAAGAAAAUUAUAAUCAUUCUGUCAUUUUUCUCAGUUGAACAAAACAACACUUAUGUUGGAAUAUAGCUUGAAAAAAGGAAUGGUGGCAAUAACCCUUCUGAGUGUUAUAACAGUGUAUCUUCAUCUUACAGACGCAUUAGAUUAUACACGACAUCUGUGUCGCUACCAUUACCAUUAUACAGCUGUGUCAUGGGCAUCAGCUAGAGAAAUAUGUGAAAGGACCAACAGAACUUUACUUAUCAUCGAUAGUUCAUUCGAGAUGAUGAACAUAUCGGAUACCAUAAUGCCGCAUGUUGAAUCAGUUAAACCACACGGUUAUACAAUCAGAGAAGUAUUGUGGAUUGGGCUUCAUCAAGAAAUAAAUCCACUUCGUUUACUAUGGGAUACAUGUGAUGAGUAUACUAUUACUAAUCAAUGGUCGACGUCACCUGGAAACUCAGAAGGUUGUGUGAUAUUUAACCAUACAGACACAAUGUUCUCUAUACAGGCGUGUUCUAACACAGAAUCAUUCAUAUGUGAAGAUACGUCAAAUGAAUCUGGUGAUUGUUUUGACGAGAUCUCGAUUGAAUUAACAGAUAGAACCUUUGAAAUAGGGUCUGACGGUGCUACAGAUACUACCGAUUCGUUAGAAGAAUGUGCAAAAUUGUGUUUUGAUGAUGGCACGUGUGCAGCAUUUCAACAAAAUUUGGUAAAUUCAAAGAUUGAAUGUUACAGGCACUUAUAUGAUAAAACUAAAGAACUACAUCGCUCGAGAAAACCUGAGGAUAUUUUCAUAAAAAAUAUAUUCACAUUAUAUGACAACACUUCGGCCAUCACCCCGGAAAUAUCAAACUAUUAUUGCCCGAUUUAUUCGUCGUCUGUUAGUCCAACGUCAUCGUCAUCAUACAGCAGCGGUAUAACAACGUCACCUUUAAGUGAAACUACACAUAUUGCAGUCUACAGUUCGGAUCCGUCAAUGAUAUCAACUGAAUUACUCAGCAGCCAAACUGCCACGUCCAGCUCUGGAGUAAUAACGUCAUCCAAUGUAGUGAGUGGGACAUCUUCGUCUACAUGUUACUGUCCAUGUUCUGCUACAGUUGCAAGUAGUUCUAUAACAACAGAAGAAUUACAAGCAAAAAUAGAUAAAAUACAGACAGAACUAACAGUUGACAAAAAAGAGACGUCAUCGUAUAAAAGAAGAUUAACGAGCGCCCCCGAUAACCGUGUUUCUGCUCAAAGCAUUGGAUAUGUUGGCGUAGUGAUAUUGACGAUUGUGAUAGGACUACUUAUUGUAAUUGACAUUCCUACGCUUGUAAAGGACACAAGAAACUUUUUUAAAAGGUGUUGUUCCUUGUGCAAAGGCAAAUGA